CUUGGGCAGGGUGCUUCCGGUCGGAGAGGAUAGAAGAGUCGCUGCGGUAGGUGAGGGAGAAGAAGGAGAGGUGAAGGGGAAGAGCACAAGCCAUUACCUGAUAAUACCAUCCUGAGAACAGAGCCAUGGGAAACAUCUUUGGAAAUCUGCUGAAAAGCCUUAUUGGAAAGAAGGAAAUGCGAAUACUCAUGGUGGGACUUGAUGCUGCUGGAAAGACCACUAUAUUAUACAAACUGAAGCUUGGAGAGAUCGUGACCACAAUCCCAACUAUAGGCUUCAAUGUAGAAACGGUAGAAUACAAGAAUAUCAGCUUCACAGUGUGGGACGUCGGUGGCCAAGACAAGAUCCGGCCACUGUGGAGACAUUAUUUCCAGAAUACUCAGGGGUUAAUAUUUGUGGUUGACAGUAAUGACAGAGAACGAGUUAAUGAGGCACGGGAAGAGUUAAUGAGGAUGCUAGCAGAAGAUGAGCUUCGGGAUGCUGUACUGCUUGUUUUUGCAAAUAAACAGGACCUUCCCAACGCUAUGAACGCUGCAGAAAUCACAGACAAACUGGGCCUUCAUUCUCUUCGUCAUCGCAACUGGUACAUCCAGUCCACCUGUGCCACCAGUGGAGAUGGUCUCUACGAGGGCCUGGACUGGCUAGCCAACCAACUAAAGAACAAGAAGUAACGAUUCCCGGCCCUUCCUCAGCCUCCCCAGCGUGCGCCUGACUCUUCCUCCCCAUCCCCUCCAUCCAAAAUUCCCUCUUUAGCCAGGGCAGUUUGGGGUUGGCGACCGACACAGACCACCCUACCCCACCUGCUUCUCCUGGCUCCACACUCGCUUACUUUGCCGUUUUGGUUUGGGGUGUUUUUAUCGGGUGCCGUGUUUCUUCUGACUCAUCCAGCUGCUGUUACUUGCUCUUUAUUUGUCCUUUUUGGAGAUUUUGGGUGGGGGAGGACUUGUGAGAUUUGGCAGAAUAUGCCAUAGCAAUCUACCCCCUGUAGACAGGGUUGGUAAAGAAAGGAUUUGGGAGCUGUGCUGUUUUGUGUCUGUAUGUUCUGUGGAAGCUCCCUCUGCUGAAGAUUGAGAGAUGUAUUUGGCUUCUUGUGUUUGUUAUUAAGGCAGGUUGUCUCCAGUGCUUCAUACAAGAAAAAUUGGUACACCGACCGAGUGAACUUUUAGUUUUUUUCAGAGGAAGGGUACGUCAUGUUUGGGUCCUUUUUAAAUGAUUGAUUCGUAUUACUUUUGUUAUUUAUUAACAUUUCAUAUAUUCCCAAGUCGUAUAUAUAUUCUGUAUUCAAUAAGGAUCUCAUUCAGUAUCGUAUACUGUGGUAUAUAUCAGCAUAGAGCUUACGGGGUGCUGCUGAAAUCAGACUCCUCCGCUCUUAUGCUUCAUUCAUAUCCGAUACACACAAGAGCUGGUUCUUUACUGUGUUUGAAGUGUUGUGCAAUGAAGAUUCAAUGGUUGCUAGCAAAAAUGACUCCUGUGUCCUCUGGUGGUAAAAAACUGACCGCAAAAGCCAUAGUAUUAUUUCCGUUGCAACUGUAUUAAGCCAGUGGGAAAGUUUCGCGUCUAUGAGCCGUGCAUGUGGGUUGUGCUUUUAAUUUCUAGACACCUGCUGUAAUGAAAUAAGAGGUUAUUUGAGCACAUUGUGCUCUCGUCUCACCACCCUUAUUUAUAAUGACUGGAGCAGCUCCCAGUGAAGUCAUUGUGGCCAUCUACACUCCUGCUGUCAGUUACAUCACUGGGAGGCCGGCCAGCUGAUGAAGUUCCAAUAGCUUCGGAUUUGCAUUGAGAGGUUUCAAUAAAACCUAGAUUUUUCUAUAACCGACACUGACAACUCCUACUACAACUUUUAGUCGUUGCUAAAUAUUUCAUUUUGUCUGUGGUUUUAAUAUAUUUUAUCAUGAUAACUCUGCUAAAUAAAAGAAAACGGACCGCAGCACUCCUGGAUUUAGGCUGAAUACGUGUUCAGCAAACAGCAUGACAGGGAUUUAGUGUUAAGGUGAUUCAUCUUUACGUCAUAGAUUUAAAACUGAUUUUCCAAGUGACCUUUUUCUGUCUGCAAUAUGUUUUCAGAUGGAAGAAUCUCCAUGAUUGAAAUGACAGGAGUGUCAGAUACCAAAAUCACUCCUGAUAUCUUUUUUUAUUUUCCUGUUCCUGCAGAAAUUAGAGAUUUAGAGAGAUUGGGCUUGUGUGGACUCAGAAUGGGUCACUUUUAGCCCUUGGCAGUUAGGAAAGCAUCAUGGGAGAUGGAAUUCGGAGACUGUUGUCUUCCCUCGCUGCUGUUCUUUUCUUUUUCUUGGGGAAAAUAUUUCAUGUGUUCCUAUCCCAUGUCUUCUCUGAGAGAACAUCUGCUACUGCAGGAUUUGGGGAAAUUAACAUGAAGCUAUCACAUUGUGGUCAAUUUUGGUAAAAUUACCCUCUUUGCUAAAGUGCUAAUGAAUUGUAAAGCUAAUAAUAUUGUACUAUGGCCAUCACACAUGCCUCUUGAUUAUUUCAUUUAACCCCUUAAGGACACAUGACGUAUCGGUACGGCAUGUUUCCCGAGUCCUUAAGGACACAUGACGUACCGGUAC